AUGGCCUGCGUUGUGAGUUCCGCUGACAACGCCAAGGCUGUGCGGUCGCAUGCAGGUGAACCUGCGGGAUUCAACAGCGCCGAACGCCCACGCCUGACGGUGGCGGAGGCGGAGGCGUUUUACCGCGAGGAGUGCAAGUGCCACGCCAUAAACCCCAACAACACCUUUUCAAAGCAGCUGCUUGCCGGGGCGACCAUCUUUGACUUUGACAAUGGAUACUUGGGUGGGCGUGGUAUUGUGCCCAUCGUAUCAACGCUUCAGCGGCUUCCUGUUGUGGAGUUGUCUAUGCGAAGCUGCGAAGUGACGACAGAUGACAUUGCGUUGAUUUGUAAAACCUUUGCGUCGCAUGAAACGCUUCGGAAGAUCGACUUGCGCGGUAUCUCCUUGACAGUAGCCAGUGCGCGCAAACUACUCGCCCUCGUGGUGCAGAACUCGCAUGUUACGCAGAUUUUGUUAGAUGAGGAAACGCCAAAGUACCUCUACAUUCAGAGGCAGUGUUUCGCCAAUGCUAACAUGACGAUAUUGGCCUCUAGGUGCCUGGUGUGCAGCAAAUCUGUCAUUCACUCACCUGAUCAGAAGGUAGAAAGUCGCCUGCUGCAGUCACUUGGUGAUGAAUUUCAGCAUGUUGAUGUCGCCACAGGUGGGGUGGCACUGGAAGUUUUUUUCAGCUGUUUAUUGGCGUGCUGUGAAGCCAAUGAUGGCGUGCUGUUUCUCUGCUCCAGCGAAUGUCGGAUUCAACUCACAAACGACAUCCUUAUGUCGAUGCGUGCAGUGGUGUGCGAGUGGUUCUGCGGUACCAAAGGGGCGUGGCCUAAGAAUCCCAUCCUACGCCGCUGCAUCGUUAACACGCUCAAGAAACUGGCGGGACGGCCACCAGAGCAGCAGGGCCAGGUAGUAAGCGGCAGAAUGGGUGGGCAUAAGGCGAGUGGACCAAGUGACAGCGGCAGCGACAAUAGCAGCAGCGACGACGACAGCAGCAUAGGAUGUGAUGGCGUCUUGGAGGAGUGCACAAUAUGUGGCACACAUGCAGUUUGUCUUCCAGAUGGAGCGCACUUGGCAAUGAGGCAGAUAUGCGAGGAUAUUGAGGGCGGAUGUUCGCUGCGCCCGUCAGCACUGCUUCGUCUGGCGAAACUGAUGAUCGUGUACGCUGAAAUGCAUGUCUGCAACAAGAAGUGUGUGGUACACCUUGUCCGGUUUGGUAUGUACGGCUAUGGAGGUGUCCUACAGUCCCGUACUGUAUGCGGUGCUCCGCACGUAACUUCGCUUGGACUCUCACUUAUGGAGUUGCCAGACGAGGAUUUCUCCGUCCUAAACUUCUCCAUGGCGCAUGUUGAUGAACUCGAGGAGGAAGACACCUGUUGUGCGUUGACUGUGGCGAGUGCGAUGUCGGAUAUUGAUGGUGUGACUAUCGACCCGUACAUGAUCUUCGCCACGGGCAGGCAUCUCGCCAAGCUGCAGCCUGAGACGGUGGGCAUGGAACUUCGCCACGCCUGUGACGCGGUGCAGGUGUUCGGCUGUUUGCCUGCCAGUAUGGGACCGUUUGAUCGGCGGAAGGAGAGACCACCGCGCAAAGCGUACGUGUCGUGGGAGGAGUGGGGCGAUUUUGCGGAUGUAAAAGAUAUCGUGCGUGUCGCCUUCUCACGGCGAAGAAAUGGUUUUUAUGUUGUUGAUGGGCCGCACAAUAGCAUUUUUGACAACACACGGGCAGCCUUGUGGGCAUUUCGCAAACAACGUCGGGCGGUGUUAGUCGUGAUGAAAUUCUGUCUCGACUGGAUUGUGCUACCUGGUGGUGUGGUACCGAACGAAGCAUCACUGAAUCGCCCUUUUCUCACAACGUUCAAGAUCGUCGGACAAGCGAACAUUGACAACAGCUUUUAUGUCAUAUGUCAAGGUAACUUCGGCUCACGUGUUGGAAAUCAUGGCUUCUUUUACAUUCCGCGUGGCAUCUUCAACUUGCACGUGUCGGGUAGCGCGUAUAUGUUUCUUGAUAGUGGUAUAUACGCCGAAUGUAAAGGAAGCAAGGCGAAGCUAUACGCCGCUCAAAUCCUGCCAAAGACUACAGUCGAGUUGGCCGAGAAAACAGCCUUGUUGCAGGAGCUGCAUUACUACUGCAGAGAGGCGCUUAACUGGAGGACGCGACACCGUCUCGACGGUACCAAGAUUGUAUGUGAUGCGUUCAAUCAUGUUCCACCGUCGCUCUUCUUUCUCUACCGCAGCUGUGAUCGUCACAUCACCGAUGCCCAGUUGGAGCUCUUGGAGACGUUGUUGCGGAUGUGUUUCAGUGACACCUCGCGUUCGAUGCGGCUCUUCUAUGUGAAUGAAGUGUUGGGACCGAGGGCGGCAGAGUGGAUUUCCGGCCUCGCCGAAAGCCUCGCACAGCUGCCGCCGUACAAGGCGCUGCUGCAGAGGGCCGCGGAGGUUGUGGCGCCAUCGGACCUGGAGCGGAGUCAAGCACGGCUACAGUGGAAGUCUCUUGGGGUAGGGAAGACGCAGGUAAUAAACCUGCCGCAACGCCCUAAAGGGGUGAUGAACAAAAAGGCCUUGUCGCGGCGUCCUGUCAGGAAGAUCGCGGAUAAGGGAACGGGCAAAGAAACACGCGACACGUUUCGAACAAAGUUGGAACAGCGAUGGUCCUCUGUGCGGGACGAAAAUGAUCUCCUCAAGACAGUUCGGCGUCGCAGUCAGAGCACAGGUACCUUGAUCGGCAUACCCUUGCUGCGGACAAGCGUCACAACGACACUCACCGCACGAGCAAUGGCAUUGGGGAGCGAUACUGUACCUCCUUCUUUGGUAGGUCAGCCGUGGCAUGCGGUCCGCCUGUGCAAUGCGGACGGUUCAUUGACGGAGUAUACAAUGUUUUUCAUAAAGGACCAUGUAUGCUGCUUUAAUCUUGCCAACCAAACCAUCACGAUGCCACUCCAUUCCAUGCAUGAGAGCGCGAACGCGCUCGGUUAUCCAUUUCCCACUGGUUUCGACUGUGCGCUGAACUCACCGGUAAAUCCACGGGUGGCAUACUUUUUCUGUGGUGGGCAGUGGAUUGAAUGGGACACCUACAUGCAGACCUGCACAGGUGGACCAUUUAAACUCAAAUUCCAUAGGCAGUUUGAGGCACUACCGGAAGAAUUUUGUCGUCGAAUUGAUGCUGCAGUGCCAGUUCCAAGCACUUCCUGUGUUUUAUUCUUCUCGCAGCUCAACUACGUUGUCUUUGACAUGGAGCAGCAGCGGCCUAUCAGCAACGUGAGGCGUAUUGGCGCACCGGAGUCACUUGAGGGGGAUGUGCCGACCUUCGCCACCUCUCUGGCAAAGCUUUUUCCGUGCGGGCCGAUGGCAACCUUGCUGAUGCUGAGGGAAGAAAACAAUAUGAAUGCGACUGAUGACGAAGACCAAGAAAUCAAAAAUGGGACGAUGAAGAGCAUGAAACAGGCAGUCAUGCUGAUCGGUCGCGACGGGCAUUUGGCUCUCGUUUGUGAUUUCGCACCGUCGGCUGAAAAAACAAAAGCAGAACAGCUCCAGACGCUCCCCACGUCCCCUCUCGCCCGGCUCCCACUAGCUCUGCGACAGAUGACAACCGCCGCCCUUCAAAAUGUCUGCAAGAACGCACUGAGCGCAGAGUGCAACCGGUGCUGCAUUGUCGUGAGUGGUACGCACCAAAGCAGUUCUGAUGUUAUUUCCAUCAACAGCACAUUCACCCAGCAAUGCGAGAACGUGGACGCUCUCUUGUCUCUCACGCGGUGUGGUGCUGCCGAGACAUUCAUGCCACUUCUGCGUGAUGAAGUUGUGUUUGCUCAAACACCGGAGAGCAUACUUGGUAGCUCUUCACAGAUAGUUGAGGUGGAUUACGGUGUCGGCUGCCCGGUUUCUUUUGGUGUGGUCAUAGUGGUAUUGGAUACAACAUGCAUUGACCCCCGUAUUCUCUGUCUCGCACCGAUAGAAGCUGUGGUUGAGAGCAGCGACGACGGCGUCACCUACAUUCAGCACACGCGCUUCAUCGCCACACCGUAUGUAACUGCCGUGUGCUGGGGUGAAGUACAUGUUGCGCGAUUUUGGCGGGUACGUUUCUUGACCCGUGUUCCCGUUGGUACCGGCGUGGUACGACUCCUUUGGUAUGAAGUGGCACGUGCUCUCGGCACUGAGCUGCUGGAUCCUACUACUAUCCUCGUCCCACACGCGUCGGCUGCGGUACAAAUUACGGCGCCCAACGUUUUCUGUGCACCGAAAGAUCUGCUGAACUCCCUUGAGCCUGGAGCUGUGUUCUCGUCGCCUCCGCGGAGUGGCUGGUUUAAGAAGCACUGUAUUUUGCCUCUGUUGCCGGAUGGAGCAUUCUGUCUGAUGUUCUGCGGGUCCAGCUUUGUGGAGCUAGACUGCGAGCGGAACAUGGUUGUGUCUCAGCGCGCCGUUGCACUUGCCGACCAUCCUGCAUUUGCGAACCUGCCUCACCCCUUUUCAACUGGUUUUGACGCAGUUUUCUACCCUAACCUGCGUAACCCGAACACAGUGGCGCUCAUUCACGGUGGGAAUAUUAUCCUCUGGAACCUACAGCUGGGCACGGAAGAAAACAGCGCUGGGGGUAACUCGGUGUCGUUCUUUAAAGGAAUGCCCUGGAGUAUAGACGAGUUUGAGGAUGUAGUGCAAAUAUGGGACCGCCCAGGUGAGGUUUUCGUGAUACGAAGCCACCAGGUGGUGCACUGGAGCAUCAACACAUCAGAAAUAUUGAAUGGGCCAAUGCUUCUUAGAGAUUGCCCACACCUCUACCACGAAGAGUUUGAAGGCAAAUCCCUUCUUUGCGUGGUGUCUUUUCCUUUUGCGCCCAAUCGGUUUUACGUCUUCUCAGAAAACUGUGUAGCCACCCAUACAGUGGUAGACGGUGUAAUUUCAGACUGUGUGAAACCAGUGCCUGUGCGCCAAUUUGACCUGUUCAGCCCCGCCACAUUGUACUUGUUAUGGGGAAUGAGGCGGUAUGAUUGCGUUAUUCAGCUUGAUUUUAAAGAAGAGCAACCACUUUUGAGUGGUAUGAUCAUGCGUAGUUCGGAGCCUUGUGGUGAUGAGUGGCUCCUAGAAUACAGCGACGAUGGAUUAGAAUGGAGUGUUGUCGGUCGUCACCGGCAGUCAUCUGGACGCAGUCGUACAAUGUGGGGCUUGGCAAGUGUGGAUCAUCAGUCUCAUCGGCUCUGGCGUCUGACAGCAGACGCGUCCAAGAAAUAUGGCGGCGAAGAAGAGCAGAUGGUGCUUUACACGAAUCUUUUGUUACUUACACUGCCUUCAGCCCCGUACAGAGUAUCACCCCAGAGAGUUGCUUUGUCUGGUACUCUAAAUGGACCUGUCUCGGCCCUCUUCCAGGAGAAGGCAACAGUGGCUUUUGAAAAUUCUGUAGAUGCCGCAAAUACGGGUAUUCCACAGACAAAUCACGUCACUUUGGAUUACGGUGACGUGAAUCCGCCCAACAUCAUGGCGUUUGCAUGUCAAUGCACAGGGGACCGAGUCAACGCUACAUGGAGAGUGUGGUGCAGUGAUGAUGGGGAGCAGUGGGAAAACUGUGGCAUAUGGCGUAGUCGGUUUCGUUAUUUCAAAACCUCAUGGAGGCCUCGUGGACCUCGUCAGUACUGGCGCAUUGAACUGCAGUCGUGGGAAUCAAGCACAUUGUAUGAAAACUUUCGCCUCUUUGAGUACACUGGGCCCUCACUCCUCUUGGAAAACUCAACACCUCUUGGUGAGGGGUGGGACCCCUCUAUGAUGUGGGAAAAGACGUCAGAGGGAUGCAAAUUUUCGCCUAUGAUGUUCUCGGCACAAGUGGGAAGUGCAAUCGUGUUAGAUAACAAGCAGAAUAUAACUCAUGUUGUUGGCGUACGCAUGGUAAGCCAUGGGCAACAGGUCACUUCUACCAAGUUUGCCGUUGAGUUCAGUUCCAACGCCGUGGACUGGCGGGCUAUCGAUGCGUCACUGCUGCUGCGUGGCGGCUCCGGCCAAGCUGUCUGGGAGGGGGUUGAAUACUACCGCUAUUUGCGCUUGCGUAUUGUUCAGCAUACAGGACCCUCGUCCCUCAUGCUUCGGGAUAUUUGCUUUGAAGCCUCAAAACCAUCGCUUUAUCAUGCCGUGGAGUCAGCUAAUGCCGCACCGAAGCCACCCAGUUGUGAAUUGAACCUUUCUGGGGAACUCAAAGAAAUAGUUGCUGUGCAGGCGUUUCUGCCGCCUAGCUCCAUCUAUGCAGUGGAGCGACUUUCACCUGAUGGUUCCACAUGGGAGGAGCUAGCGAAAAUAGAGAACAACGACAUAAUGAACUCCAAGAUGGUGCGUCAGGGUUGGCCACCACAAGGGGGGUCCUCCAACUGGCGUCUGAGUCCCGCAGCUCUGGGUAUUUCUUCCCUUGAUUCUGAAGCCAACGGGGGUUCUAUUGUGGCGGUAUCGCCGCCUCUGGGUCGUGAUGCAUUUGUUCGAUGGUACGCAUUCACCGGCAAGACGAUUGUGAAGUCGAACUUUGUCGAGAAUUCAAAUGCGCAGGUCACCACAAACGGAUUUGUCGAGGUGCAGGCUGCUAAACGUCUCAUGGAGAACAAGUCAGAGACCGUGGUGUUGCGCUCCGCUGAUUUUGUAACACUCGCUACUGUUACAUGGUUCUUUGACAAUGGCGUAAUGCCACGCUUUCACCAGGUGUCCCUGGAAGGUCGCACAGCUACAAACCCCAACUCUCCCCCACCAACACCGCCACCUCCACCACCCCCACCGCAGCUAGAUGCAUCCUCCAAAACUAGCUCAUCAAACAGAAAGACGGCGGUGCGUCAAAAGGUAAACGUCCCGGAGGUGGAAGAAGUAAAAGUUGAGGAAGUAAAAGAGGACAUGAUCAUUGUAGUGGAGACAAGUGGAAAUGGAAUUGACUACUUGCCGAUUGCGGAGCGUCCCUUCUCUCAGCUUGGCAACUCUCUAUCAUGGCAAGUGAGCAUGGCCGCCUCGUACUGGCAAAUCCGUUUCAAAGGGAUCCCCAAGAAAGACUAUCUUGAGUUGCGGGAGGUAUCUUGGUUUGUGGAAAGAGGUGUGACAGCUGUGCUGGCGCCACAAGCAUCAUGUAUGCUCAGCAACCCUAUGUACGAAGCGUGGCAAAGCGCGGCUUUCAAUGAUGAAAAGGAAUUUUGUCAGAUGUGCCGAAAAGGUUAUGAUCAGGCAAAAAGUGUCGCUAGUGGUCUUCGUGAACCAGGCGAUAUUGAAAGAAUCGGUCGUGUGGCGCAGAAAAUCAUCAGUUUCAAAGCGGAAUACGUAGGCUUUGUUGCCAAGACGUCAAAAGAGGCUACAAAGGAUCAGAAUCCACCGGAGGAUAAAUUCAUCUCUAUUGGUAGACCUCUGAGCAAUGAUCUGAUGUACCAGCUCUACAGGGCAGCCAAACGAUAUGAAUGCAAUGUGGAUGAGCUUAACAGUUUGAUAGCUCAUCCUAUGUUGUUUGGUCGCGACUAUGCACGGGGAAAGGACGAUCUCUCGUGGUUUUACCCGAAGUUUGAGCAGAGUGGCACACUGGUGGAAAGCUUCUAUGGAUUCCACAAUGUUCGCGCUUCCCUUUGUAUCUUGUGGAGUCUAUCAUUGCAACUACAAUGGAAUACAGACCUCUUGAAAGAUCCUUCCAUGACGCCACUGAGCCCGCAUCUUGCCUCGGUUCUCGUCACGGUGAAUAUUAAUCAGAGUAACUGGAUUUCAGCGGAGCACUUUCCCGGUCUUCCACUUCUGUACCACGCUGGGUUUACAGAGCGUCCGGUGGUGAUUGUUUUCGUCCUUAAUCCGAUGGCCUUCACAUCCAAAUACAACUUGACCAUCCCAGGCAUGAACCCGUUCCCCGCCAAAUACCCGUUUAAUCUGCAGCCAGGGGUGAACUUUAUACAAUAUAUAGCACUGGCAACCUGCCCGUGUCCUGUUUUCGAUCGGCUUCAAUUGCUGUAUUCAAAGGAAUUCCUUGCGAAGUAUGAAACAGAGGUUGUGUUUUCGGCGCCAAGUAUGAAUAGCGAUACCGCCACUGUUCGCUUCACCUUGCCUGGGGAUGGCAUUAACCUUGCCGUACAAGGUCUAUGUAUUGGCAGCAUCGAAUUUGAAGUUCAAUUGAAGAUGGAGGACGGCGAAGAAAAAUACGCCGCCGCGACGACAGUGACGCAACGCCAGUUUGAAAAUCCACACAAAAUAUCAUUUGUCACGCACGAUACUGUAUUUGUCGAGGAGUCAUCUGCGGAACCGCCCAUGCAACUAAGUCUUUCAGGUAGUAUCAGCAAUGAUGAGGACGUAAUCGCAAUUUGUGGGUUUUCGCCCAGCGCCCGUUUCCCUACAAGGUACCGUUCCUCAAAUGACUUCGUUACCGACGUUAGAAUUUAUUUUUCCCUUGUGGCUGGGGAGCUUCCGCAAUCCUUUGUGGAGCCCUCCUUUACAUUGGAAGGCGUCUUAACGACACCUUCAAAUGGCAACUACACAUGCCGCUUUAAUUGUGCUACUCUGCUUCGUAGCUAUGAAUCUAUGUCUGUACAUGUUGUGGGGCUGCAGUUGGCAAAGCUCGUCCAACUCGGGGACCAUCUUGUCGACGCCCCUCCACGAAAAGAAGGUAUGGGGUGGCUCCAGACUGUCCCUAUAUUUAUCUCCGCAGAGCUGCAAACGAAUUUCCCCAUGGUGGAAUUUUUUGGUCGAGGUGCCGUUCAGAUCGCAGGUGUUUGGGGAGAUGCCUCCAUCAGUGUCUCGGCGAAGGGGACCGGCAUAUCCGCCACGUUUAAGAGCGUUCACCUUGGUGGUGUUUGCUUGCAAGGAAAGUCUGGUGAAGAGGGCAUUGUGAUGAGUAUCACAACGCCCGUGGGCGCCUCCCCGGUUUUGCGGAUUGACGGAUACAGUUGCCUUCUCGCACCACGACCGUACCCGAUGAAAGUGGAAAUUUCCCAUGCAGGAGUGAUGUGCGUCUCCACCGGUGUAUUGUACGACCUCUGUAUUGAGGAGGACUCGCAUUUUCCGUCUGGUGUGUACGCGCAGGUGACGAUGUCGGCGCAAAUCAUUAUGGACUGUCUUACGGAAAUGCUGCAAGAGACCCCAUUGAUCGUUACGCUCAUGGCUAAAGGAAUUCCCUUCUCGCUUGAUGUAGAGGAAGUUCUAGUGGAGGAGUGUAUGUUGGAGCGACAGCUCAUCUUCCUCACAGUGCGUGGUGUGAUGCUUGGCUGUCGCUUUGACGUUAUGGUGUCGGUGGAGCACCCGGACAACACCUUGCAGGAGGCGCGCCGCAUCUGUCAGGGCCUCCUUCCCCGCAUCAUUGAGCAGUGCGAUGAGUCUCUCUGGGCUUCGUACGACAUGUUUGUCGGCUACAUGCUGCGCCUACCUCCACCCGAGCGUUCGGAGGGUGAAGAAGAAGCAAAGGAAAACGAAGAAGCAGCAACAGCAAUGGAAGACGGCGAGGUGAGCCCUGCGAUGGCGAGGCACCUUGUGAAAGAACUGAAUGGAAGGUUUAUUGGUCACUGGAUGUCUCGCGAAUGCGAACUGCUGGAUGAAACAAUUCAGGACGACUUCGAUGCCGCGGGAGAGUCUGGAAGCCCGAGGGGCUUGGAUCACAGUUGA